AUGGAGAAUAUGAGAAAUUUUCAAUCUGGGGAGGACGAAAUUAAUUACGGAUGUUAUAGAAGCGAUUUACAAAUUAGUGAAAUGAGAAAUACACAAAAUCAAAACAAUCGCGUAAACACAUCAAACAUAAAUUGUCGCGAAGAGCAACUUGUGGGUUCCAAUAAUAACCAAAUAAUGAGAGUUGAAAAUGUAACAUAUAACAAGCCAUAUAUACACAAGAAAUUAAUAGUUUUUGAUUACGAUGACACAAUAUUACCAACUAGUUGGAUAACUGUAAAAAUGAAAUUGGGUUUACAUGAUAACAUCCCAGAAUCCGUAAAGCCAUUUUUUUUAAAAUUAAGUGAUGUUGUAAUUAACACCUUGAGCCUAUGCUUGACACAAGGAAAAUUGGUUAUUGUAACAAAUGCAAGUUUAGAAUGGUUAAUUAAUUCAGCGAGGAAAUUCAUUCCAUUAGUAUGGUCAUAUAUUAUUCUCAAUAACAUUAGAAUUAUCUCCGCAAGGGAUAGAUUAAUUAAUUCCUUAAUUGAUCCAAAAGAUUGGAAAAAAGUUAUAUUCCAUCAAAUAAUUAAUGAAAUUUUAGCACCUUAUUUGUGCAAUAACUCAGUUAUAUGCUUCAUAUAUUCAGUAGGUGAUGGUAAUGAUGAAAGAAAUGCAUGUUUUUUUAUAUCUCAACUAAAUCAAUAUUCUUCCUGUAUUUUUAAAUCUUUGAAGUUUUUGGCCGAACCAUCGUGCCAGAAGUUGAUAGCAGAACAUGAGCUCUUUUAUUAUUUUUUUAACAGUACAUGUAACACAAUCCAGGUAAAAUGCCAAUCCAUUAAGCCUAUCGAAUCUCUCCCUCCAAAUACCAACAGUGCAGUUUUGAGCAGUUCUGUGCAGAAUAAUUGUAACUCUUUGCAAAAUGUGUGA